AUGGAGGAGCUCCAGAUCCGCCCGUCGGGCAUCCGGAUGCAAGAAGACUUUGUCACAAAAGAGCAUGAGGCUGAGCUCAUUCGCAUCUUCCGAAACGAGCUGGAAUGGCCGGAUCGCAGUGGUCGCCUGUCUCUCCACUACGGCUAUACCUUCAGCUACAAGUCUUUCGGCAUCGAUGAGGAAACACCCUACAUCCCGUUCCCAGACUGGCUGCAGCCACUGUUACCGACGACAGAGGGAAGACCACCGGAUCAGGUAUGCCUCCAGCACUACGCCCCGGGAACAGGCAUCCCGCCUCACGUGGAUACGCACAGCGCUUUCGACCAGCUCUACGCACUGUCGCUCGGCGCUCCGGUCUUCAUGCAAUUUCGCGAAGGCGCCAAAGGCGACGCGAAGACAGACGUCGACCUCAAGCCCAGGAGCAUGAUGGAGAUGAGAGGCGAUGCGCGCCUGCACUGGACGCACGGAAUUAAGGCGCGCAAGACAGACACCUUGCCCGAUGGCACGGUCCGAUGGAGAGAGGAUCGCUGGAGUCUCACGUAUAGGUGGCUGAAAGAGGGUGCCACGUGCGAAUGUGGGAAUGUACAGCUGUGCGAUACGGCGCAGCGACGCAAUGGCGUGGAGACUGUGUAUCGGUGGAAGCAAUAUGAAGCAGAGGAGAAGGUAAAGUCUGAGACAUGA